AUGUCGAGAAAUACAUUAUUACUAUUCAUUAUUUUUUAUUAUUGUAAUGCUGCUCCGUCAACAUCAUGGUCAAUAAGAAUACCAUUUACCAAUGGCACUCGACAUAUUAUAUAUAUACCUCUUCCAUCAGCAAUUUCAAGAGAAAAAAUAAAUUAUUCUCCUUUAUCAUGUGAUAAUUGCUUUUAUUUUCGUACACUGAACGCAGGAAGUCGAAUGGUAAUUGAACCUUGUGGUGGAUCUGAAUGUGUUGCAAUAAUCAAAAGUCCUAACUUACGAGAAAUUCAACCAAGUAAAAACUAUGAUUUUGAACAAUGUGGAGUAAUUAGUAAAAAAGAUUAUUCAAUUGUAAAUAAAGCAUUACAAUUAAAAGUAAGCACAAGUGUUAAAAACACUUUACGUCCAGCUGAAUAUCCUUGGCUUGUUCGUAUAGAAAGUCGUUCGGAUGCUUUAUCACGUACAGUAACACUCUGUGGUGGAACACUUAUCCAUCCACAAUGGGUCAUAACAGCUGCUCAUUGUAUGUUUGAUAGUAAGAAAAAUAGUCUUUAUACAACCAGUGGUAUUGAUUUAUAUAUGGGUCAUUAUGAUCGCACAAGUAGUAGCUUAAAUGAACAUAAAGCAAAACCUAUUUUAUAUUUGAUUCAUCCAAAAUUUCGUAUUAGUGUUUCAUCGCCAGCACCAGUACACGAUUUAGCAUUAAUUAAAUUAGAAAAACCUGUACCCUUAUCACAUUCAAUAGGUGUUGCCUGUUUACCAGAGCAAGCAGAUAAAUUAGGUGAUGGUACAUUGGCAUUUACAGCUGGUUGGGGUCAUGCAUCACCAGAUUCAACAGCUGUCAAUGAACCUCGAAAAGCAAGAUUAAAAAUAGCACCGAGAUCAUGUCGAAAAUUAAUGAUUAAUCCUAGUUUACAUAUAUGUGGAAGAAAUGAUCGCGGAAAUAAUAUUUGUAGUGGAGAUUCAGGUACUGGUUUAAUGGUACGUGCUGGUACUAAACAAAAUAGAAAUAGAACACAAUGGAAAUGGUAUAUAUUUGGUGUAGCUAGUUAUGGCCUUGAAGAAUGUUCACAAAGUGUUAAUCAUGAUAAUGCAUUUGCAUCUAUUCCAACUGAUAUUGACUGGAUACAUGAAGUUCUAGAUAAAUAUUAA